GAAAAGGGACCACCUGUUUGAAGAAAACAAAGUGGAACCAGAAUAACCAAUAUCAUAAAGGUUUUGUGUAUGUAAACACUGCACAUUUUUCCUCUGUGAAUGGCUUUUUUGAUUAAAAAAUGUAAUUCCCUGCAGAAAAAUCAAGCAUUGCUGGUCACCAGCAUAAGGCAUGUUUUGCAUACUGAUGCUGUAGGUCCCUGUGGGAGGUAGGAGUGAUGGUAGACCAGCAACACCAGCUCAGAUUUGCUUGAGAGCAGCAUGGCUAUGCUGGUCCACCAGCACUUUACCAGCUUUAACCAGCAUAUACCAGCCUGUACCAACAUGCUGGGUUAUGCUUGAUUUUUUUUUUUUUUUAAUCGUGGUUUAUAAAAAUGCAGCCUUCCGUUUAAGAAGCCACAUGUGAACUUUUAUUUUGGUUUGGUGUUGUGAUGUCAUAAGGCUGCGCCGCUCUCAUCUGGCUCAACAAAGGAAAAACUCCUGGUGAAACAACUAAGAUCACGUGACAUAUCAAGAUGGAGUAUAUUAAAGAGGAAACUGAAGACAUGAGAAUCUCAGAACCAUUCAGAGUGAAACAUGAAGAAACUGAGGAAGAAACAGACUUGAUGCCGCUUAAAGAGGAGAGUCCAGAAAUGAAUGAAAUGGAGGAGAAAGAUCAGUAUGAGAAACAUGAUUUCAUAAAUGAAGAUAAACUUUGCUCACAGACUGAGAAGUCUUCCUCACAAAAAAGAGGUGAGGAGGCAAGAAGAUCUAAAAGAUCUUUUACUUGCCAUCAGUGUGGAAAUUUUUUCACUACAGCAGGAAACCUUAAAAUCCACAUGAGAGUUCAUACUGGAGAGAAGCCUUUCACAUGUGAUCAGUGUGGAAAGAGUUACACACGAAGCAAUACCUUGAAGGAUCACAUGAUGGUUCACACUGGAGAAAGACCUUUCGAAUGUGAUCAGUGUGGAAAAAGUUACACGCGAAGCAAGACCUUAAUGGUUCACAUGAGGAUUCACACUGGAGAAAGGCCUUACACAUGUAAUCAGUGUGGAAAGUGUUUCAUACGUAAAGACAACCUUAAAUUACACAUGAAAAUUCACACAAGAGAGAACCAUUUUAUAUGCCAUCAGUGUGGAAAGAGUUUCAAAGACAUAGAACACCUUAACAAGCAUGUGAUAAUUCACUCCGAAGAGAAGCCUUUCAAAUGUCACCAAUGUGGAAAAAAGUUCAAAAUAAGUAAAAACAUUAAGGCACACAUGAGAAGUCACAGUGAGGAGAAGCCUUUCAAGUGCCAUCAAUGUGGAAAGGGAUUCAUAAUAAAUAAGGACCUCAUAAGACACAUGAGAAGUCACACUGAGGAGAGACCUUUCAAGUGCCAUCAAUGUGGAAAGGGUUUAAAACAUGAAGAAUCCCUUGCUUACCACAUGAAGAUUCACACUGGAGAGAAGCCUUUCAGCUGCCCUCAUUGUGAAAAGACUUUCAUACAUAAAGGUCAGCUUACUGUUCACAUGAGAGUUCACACAAAAGGGAACAAUUGGAAAUGUAAAUUUUGUGGAGAGCGUUUUACAGACAAGAAAGUCCUUCAAAUACAUAGAAGUACUCACAGCCACAAAGAGAAGCCUUACCCCUGUCCUCAGUGUGGAAAGCGUUACACAUUUAAAGGACGCCUUAAGAAUCACAUCAGAUCUCACAAAAGGAAGAAGACAUUCACCUUAUUUCACCAUGUGGAAAGUGGUUCAUACAUAAAGGACACCUUAAUUGUCACUUGAGACUUUAUAAAAGAGAGAAUGAUUUAAAAUGUCAACUGUGCAAAGAGUUUUACAGACAAAAAAAAAAAAACACUUAAAAGGCAUGUAAAUAUUAACAGAGGAAAGAAGCUUUUUUUAUUUUUCAGAAUAUCACACAUUUUGUGUUCAACAGAAGAAAGAAAGAAACCCAUACUGAUUUGGAACAACAUGAGGGUGAGUAAAAGAUGAGAGAAUUUUUAAAGGGUUAUUUCACCCAAAAAUGAAAAUUACUCACUCUCAUGUCAUUCCAAAUCCAAACCCAUAAGUCUUUCAUUAAUAUUUAAAACACAAAGAUAUUUUGAAUGAAAUCUGAGACCGUCAGAGUUUUGGGUGAAAAGACUUUUAAUGAAGGGACAGAAAUCUCUCAAUUAAAUUUCAUUAAAAAAAUCUUAAUUUCUGGAAGAAAAAACACUGUAUGUAUUCACUAAUAAUUUUCUUUUACAUAUCUGUUUGUAUUUUAUUUGUAUGCAUUAUUUAUGUGUGUACCAGGUUGAUGUUAAACAUUUGAAAAAUGAUGUUGGUCACGCUCGGGUAAAUAAAUUUAACUACUUAUUAAACAAAAUAAAUUAAAUGGAAGGUCACCCUGUUAGGGACAAAUGAACACCAUUUUAAAAUAAUUAUGAUUCUAAUUUAUGGGCAUUGUGUACAUUAGACAACUCAACCCUUUGUCCCUUUCAAAGCAAACUAGUUAAUAGAUUAUCAGAAUAAUAUAUAUAUAUAUAUAUAUAUAUGUCCUGAGACACCUUCAUCUGAUGGAUUUUUGAAGGCAGCAUGUAUCCUUCACUGCCUUUAAUAUCCCACAAUCCUGCGUGUUCCAUUCCCUGACUGUUGAGCUGAAAAAAAUAAAGAUGGCAUCUGAAAUUUGA